CAAAUCAUUUCUGCUGCAGUCCGAAACCUGAGCAGGAUCAAGAGCCUCUGAACUGGACGCUCCAACAGGCUGUUUCUGGGUGUGUGAUCAUGGAGGCCGGGCGCUAUCCUCUCAGCGUGCACGUUUCUGGAGUGAUGUACAAGGAGAAGAAAAAACUGUUCAUGACAUCCGUGCUGUGGUCGGACCAGAACGAGAUUGUGAUCUACAGAAGUUUUGCUGAAUUCAAGAGCAUGCAUAAACAAUUGAAGAAAGCCUUUCCGUCUGCAAAUAAACUUAAAAAGUCAGGCAGAGUCAUCCCCAGAUUUCAAGACAAAACGUUGAAGCAGAAGAACCCUAAAAAAGGCCCCAACAAGACACUGGCGUACGUCAAGUUCUUGCAGGAGUACUGCACUGAGCUUCUGAGCUGCGACGCACAAGUGUGUCAGUCGACGGACCUCAUCAACUUUUUCCAGCCCAAAGACCAGGAUCUGCAGCCGGAGUUCGCCAAGAACAGCAUCAUCAUAAUGCCUUCCGAGGAGGAAAACGGCAGCAGGCAUGCCAGCAGUGGCAACGUGACCCAGCCGUUUGUGACGGAGACCUACAGAUGUGUGGCCACGUACGAGGCCAAAGACACCAAGAACAAGCCUUUCAAGGUGGCCGUGGACGAAAAAGUCGACGUGCUCAUCAAAGACAAAGCCGGAUGGUGGCUGGUGGAGAAAGAAGACAAGCGCAUGGCCUGGUUUCCUGCGCCUUACCUGGAGAAGAUAGAUGAUGAUGACGAUGAAGAUGAGAUGGACGCCACCCCUGAGAGAGGCAUGCUCUACACUGCAAUCAAGAGCUACAAGGCCACCAAAGACGAUGAGAUAACCGUGAACAUUGGCAGCGUAGUCGAGGUGUUGCAGAAAUCCGAAAACGGCUGGUGGCUCAUCAGAUCCAAUGGAAAAGUCGGGUACAUCCCUGCAAUGUACCUGAAGCCCCACAGUUACCCCCACAUCCGCCUGACACCAAACAUUCCAGACCCGCGGGCCUCCCCCACCUCUCUGUCCCCCUCCAAUUUGCAGCAGCAGUCCCAGCUCAGCCGCUCCCAAGGAAACCUGCUGCAGGGUUCCCCCGCCAGGUCCCCAUCCCCCUUCCUCAAGCCAGAGAGCAAGCAGAGGUCCCAGUCUCUCGAUUUCUCUGAACAGCCCCUUCCUCCUCCUCCUCCUCCUCCGCCUUCGCGCUCUGCGGCUGCUGCCGCCACGCCCAGCUCCACCCUGCAGGCCCCUCUGCCCACCAUCACGGUGGAGAUGGACGAAGAGGAAGCCAACCGAGACAAGAUGGUCAGGGCGGACAGUGAGGGGAGCUUCUCCAGCGACAGCUCCGACUUCAGCUUCAGUGACGAGCUCAGCUCCUCCUCCGCCAGCUCGUCCCUCACCCUGAGCCCCGUGGCCAACGACGAGCAGCCGCGCUUCAGCCGCACGCCCGAACCCAUGAGCAGCAGCCACCUCAGCCCGACGAGCGGAAUGGAGGGCCGGCUGAUGCCCAGCGUCUCUGAUCCCAACCUCUACAAGGGGCCCAGAUCGCCGAAGGUGCCUCCGAGGCCUCGGGCUCAGGAGAUCCUCACCCGCUGCACCACCAUCACCCGGAAGAACGCAGCCAAAAGCAGCCAGUCGCCCACAGAAACAGAGAUUCUCAGUCGGUAGAGAUGCAACUGAUGGCAAAAUUAGAUGUAUAUACUUCUCUGCUACUAAAUGAACAUGCUUAGUGUGCCUUUAGAUGAUAUUGGGGGGGAACAGUGACACCUUUAUCGUUAAUUGUGAAUACUGAAGAAGUACUUAACAUGCAUAACUCACCUCGUCUCUACUGGUGUUAUUUUUCCAUACUGGAAACCUUGUGUUGUGCCUUAUAUGCAUUGAGAUUGUGCCCCCUUCGGGUUCAUUUCUCUCUGACCAAAUGGGAAAUCUAAAGUCUGCAGUGCCAGUGUGUGUGCGUGUGUGUAUAGACUGUAUCUAAUUAAAACUAAACAUGGCUUCCAGAUUAUGAUCAAGGAAGUGUAUUUGCAUGUAAAUGAAGAUCUGAUUACAAAUAAAUCAUUUCUGUAAGCACCAUC